AAUAUACUUUGGUUGAUUCUCUUCUCCAAUGAUUAACAAUUGAUUUAUAAAAUGUUUUUCUUUGACUUUUCAUGAAAGAUGAUGAACCAACUCAGUCUAUUUUUGGUUCUCAUCUAGUCAACAUUAGGUAACAUGGAAUCAAUUAGAUUGUCAUUGAUUUUUAAUAAUUUUGUACUUUUUUUAAAUUUUUUUACAACAAUCAAGUUGAUAUUAGCAUCUUCACCUGAUCCACAAUUACCUCAGGUAAUUAAAGAACCAAAUUUAGACUCGAUCAAGUCAAAUGGUAAAAUCCGACUACUUGGACCUUGUCAAUUGUGUCGAGAGGUUGUCAGAUCUUUUGAAUGGUGCUUACGUGAGACUGAUUACAGUUCUGUUACUCACGAAUCAUCUAAAUUAGAUGAUUACAAAGAUUCGGAUAAAAGAUUGGCUCAGAUUAUUGGGUUACUGUGUUCAGAUUCAAAGCAAUAUGAAGAUCAGUGUAAAAAAUUUUCCAUCCAGCAUGAGGAGAUAAUUAAUCAAUGGUGGUCAGUUGAACGUAAGGAAGGAAUCGGCAUCUAUGAUUACCUUUGUAUAGACAAAGGUAAAGUCUGUUGUCCUGAUGGGAUGUUUGGACCUGAUUGUUCACCUUGUCCUGGUUACCCUGAAGACAUUUGCAAUGGCCGUGGAAGUUGUAAAGGCAAUGGCACUCGAAAAGGAAACGGUCAGUGUGUUUGCCAUAUAAUGUACAAAGGUGAUCUUUGUGAGAAAUGUGGAACCGGAACUUACGUCAUUUCCGAGAAAAAUGACCUCCAAGAGUGUGAAAAAUGUGACAAAUCUUGUCUCGGGCAAUGUAAAGGUUCCGGUCCAAAAGGAUGUCAUGUUUGCAAGGAAGGUUACACUUGGGACUCUGAUUAUGGUUGUCUCGAUGUCGACGAGUGUAUUGAGUUACCUAAGAAUCCAUGUAAAGGUAACACAUUCUGUGUCAAUACCGAUGGUUCAUAUUUAUGUUAUGAAUGUGAUAAAUCAUGUGAUGGAUGUCAUGGUGAUGGUCCCGAUAGUUGUACCAAGUGCGCUAACGAUUUCACCCUGAAAGACGGAAUUUGUGUUGACACCAAGCUACGAGAUCGAGAAUCGAACCUCGAAAAGUCCCGUUACAUAACCUACGUGGGCUUAUGUUUCGCUACUUGUAUAAUUUUCCAGAAAAAUAUUUACAUCGCUUCGGCUAUUGGCCUAUUGGUUGCUCUUUACAUCGGAGCGGCCGAAUACACGGUCAGAGAAAUAGCCUCAUCUCCUCAUCCUCUUGAAAACGCUGUUAAUAAAUUGUUUGGACAAUGAGGAUCAUCAUC